AAUCAAACCACGCACGAAUUCCAUGAACUUAUGAGUUAUGAUUUGUUCCCAAUAAUGUUAAACGAAAGAAGUUUCUUCGUCUUUACCUUCGCAGUUAAACCAAUUGCAUUUUGCAGGGCACAAAUAUGAUAUCGCCUCCCUCUCCUCAUUUCUCUGUACGCUUUUGACUAUUGACUUUGAUAAUCGAUCGAUUCUUAGCUUCGCUCUCUCAAUUUUUCGGUAUCUUCAGAUGGCAAGUGGGUUUGGGGAAUCAACAAGCAGGUCACCCCCAAGCCCUUCUUACUCCAACAACAACAACAACAACAACAACGAUGCAGGCAAUUUUGAAUGCAACAUUUGCUUUGAAUUAGCACAGGAUCCAAUAAUCACUUUGUGUGGUCAUCUUUUCUGCUGGCCUUGUCUUUACAGAUGGCUUCACUUUCACUCCCAGUCAAAAGAAUGCCCAGUCUGCAAGGCCCUCGUCGAGGAGGAGAAGUUGGUUCCCUUAUAUGGGAGAGGAAAAACUUCAACUGAUCCAAGAUCAAAAUCUAUUCCGGGAGUUAACAUCCCGCAUCGUCCGGCUGGUCAAAGACCUGAAACUGCUCCUCCGCCUGAAUCAAAUCAUUUUCAUCAAGAUGGGUUUGGAUUUAUGGGUGGGUUGGGAGGCUUUGCACCACCGCCAAUGGCGUCCGCAAGAUUUGGCAAUUUCACAUUGUCUGCAGCAUUUGGUGGUUUUUUACCAUCCUUAUUCAACUUUCAGUUGCAUGGGUUCCAUGAUGGGAUUAUGUAUGGUGGAGCGGCAGGUUUUCCUCAUGGAUUUUCCAAUUCAUUUCAUGGUGUCCAUGCUCAUAGAUAUCCUCUGCACACACAUCAAGGGCAACAAGAUUAUUUUCUGAAGAAACUGCUUGUGUUUAUUGUUUUCUGUGUUGUUCUUGCUUUUAUUUGGCAAUAGAUUGAAUGUGUGCUCAGACUGCUAGCAGAACCAGACUUUUGCUUGCGCUCUUGGUUUUGUAACUAAGUAAAUUGUUCAUAUAAUAAUACUCUCUUAUUACUGUGGCAUUCAAUUGCAUGGUAUCCAUGUGCGUAAUUUCGUAUGUAAGAAGCAUGGAAGCAAACACACCCAUCGCCAUGGUAAUUUAUAUCUGAAAUCAUGGUUUUUGCGCAUUUAGCUGUAUUUUCUUUCAGAUUGUUUUUGUAUUCUAUUUUUCUGUUGUGGCCAGGGAUGGCUUUUUACUUUAAAAAGUCGAAUCUAUAGAAAUACAAGGUUCCUGGAUACCGGUGACCUAUCUAUUCACGC